AUGGAGUUUCUGGCAAGUCUGCCUCCAACCCUGUUGCCGCUGUUAUCUGUGUGGCAGAAAACACUCCCAGUGUUGUACGUUACAGGCCCCCCUAGACUACCAAUAUGGGGAAGCUACAUCGAGCUGCUGCUGGAGAACUACAAGUUCCCAUACAAAGUGAUGGACGCCUUCAAGCGCCGCUACAAUUCCAAACUGGUGGGCCUCUACUUUGGACCGCUACCUGUGGUGGUCAUCAACGACUACGAGGCUGCCAAGGAGGCCUUCAACAAACCCAGUCUGCAGGGCCGCAUAUCCAACAUCGCCAUCAAGCAGAGGAUGCCGCAUGAGGACCUCGAUAAGCACUGCAUAAACUUCAGAGUGGGCCCAGAGCUGAUGGAGCAGCGUCGCUUCACGCUGAGGUACCUGCGGGACUUUGGCUUCGGACGUCGUUCCGACCACCUGGAGUCCGAGAUCGAGGCUGAGAUGGCAGAGUUGGUGGAGCUCAUCCGGGGAGAAAGGCAGGAUGAGCCAUCAUCAGGAGGAGACAGCAGCCGGCGCGUGCUGCUACCGGAUGCCCUUUUCCCUGGCUUCAUCAAUGGCUUUAUGCCGGUGGUGGCGGGCAGCCGGCUGCCGCGGACAGCAGACGGGGUGUGCCGCUACCUGGGGCACGCAGGCCUGCAGACGGCCGGGGCUGGAGACGCCACAGGCGGUUUCCUCACGCUGCACUCCGCACUGGCCUCCAUCGCGCCCAAGAUGUCCGGCUACCACGACACGGUCGAGUCCGCCGAGAAGAUCCUGACCUACUUCCAUCAGGUGUUUUUGUCCACAGCUGACCAGCUGGGGGUCAUUCUGUUCGACACCUUCUUGCCAGCUUCCAUGGUGCAGUCAACAGUGCUCUCCUGGGCCCUGCUGUACGUGGCCCGACACCCAGAGGCACAAAGGCGAGCACAACUAGAGCUGGACUCAGUCGUGGGAAACUCCAGGCUUCCAAACCUUAACGACCGUCUCCACUUACCGUACACAGAGGCCAUCCUGCGAGAGACGAUGAGGAUGCAGACGCUGCUGCCAAUCGGGAUCCCCCAUGCAGCUACAGAGAACACAACCCUACAGGGGUACUCCAUACCAAAGGGAACUGUGGUGAUAGCCAACUUAUGGAGCAUGCACAUGGACAAGAGUGUGUGGGGAGACCCUGAGAACUUCAGACCAGAGAGAUUCCUCAACAGCGACGGCACUCUGUGCACCAAGGACCUCACGCUACCCUUUAGCACUGGCAAGCGGGUAUGCCCUGGAGAGACGUUCGCCCGGCAGAACAUGUUCCUCAUGCUGGCGACGCUUCUGCAGAACUUCUCAGUUCGGGCAGACGGCCUGCCGCCUCUCCACUGCAACAUCCCGGGGGCCAUCGAGACGCCGCCUGCCUUCUGGGCCCAGUUUGAGCCCCGAUGCGAGGGCCGCUGGAACCAGCGAGGGUUGCUGGAACCAGCAAGGGCCGCUGGAACUGGCGAGGGCUGCUGGUAUGGCUGGAACCGGCUGGCGCGGCUGGAAACCAGCUGGCAUGCCUGGAACUGGCUGGGCUGCUGGCACUACCAGAGCUCGAAACUGGACUUGGGACAGGCUGCUGCACCUGCUACAAGUCCUAACACUUCAAUGAUUGUGGUCAACAAUCCUUGA